UUAUGAUAACGCUUAAAAUAAAUCCAGAGUGCUUAUAUGACAUACAUUUCCAAAGAUGUGUCAGUCUGACAUCUUAAAAUCAACAAACUGGGUUUCAGCGUUUUGCUGCAUAGACGAAACACAUUUUAGGACUACAUUUCCCAUCACCACCCUGUGUUUUAAAUCCCCCUCAAGUACAUGAGGUUUGUGGGAUUUGAACGCCGUCAGCGGUGGGAGGCGAACCUCUUCCCAGCGUGGCUCUUGCUGCUCUGAACUACAUUUCCCACAACCCUGAGCGGCGCUCGAACGUCGACUGCUGGGCUUCAUCCUUAACCCGAGAGGAGAUUGGCUCCCUGCUUCAUUACUGCAGGCAGACACCGGCUUUAUCAAGCGAUAAGGCUGCAGGGCAGGGGGACUGCACUCUUCAUCGGACACUCUCUGAACCACCCUGAUUUUUAUUUUAAUCCCUAUUCUCGUCCAAGAUCUGAGGCUCCUUUCAUGUCAUCCCUGUGUGGACUCGGCAUGGCGCAGCAGGAGAAGAAGAAAGAGGAGCAGGAGGAAGAGGAGGAGGAGGAGGAGUACAGCCUGGAGGCGAAAUUUACCGCGGCGGUUAAAGUGAUCCGGAGUUUGCCGGAUGAAGGUCCUUUCCAGCCUUCAGAUGACAUGAUGCUGAUGUUUUAUAGCUACUACAAGCAGGCUACCAUGGGGCCCUGCCGCAUCCCCAGACCCACUGGCUUCUGGGACACUGGAGGCAGAGCAAAAUGGGACGCAUGGAGCUCUCUGGGAAACAUGACAAAAGAGGAAGCCAUGAAGAAUUACAUAGAGCACAUCCAGCUGAUUUUGGAGACCAUCCCGAUCUCAGAGGAAGUUACAGAGCUGGUGCAGAGGCUCGGCAACUUCUACGCCGAGGUGGAUGGAGAGGGAGAGGAGGAAGGAAACAAGGCGGUCAGGAGGCCCUUCACCAGGCCUUUUGCGGAGCACGCAGAGGAGCUGGUUAAAUCGAUUAAGAAGCCAACAAUGGAAGGCUACGGGGAUCUGUGGGAGGACAUACAAAAUGUCCAGGCGAGCGACAGAGACAGCGGCGCCCUGAGACGUAGUGUGAGCAGCGAGGAGACAGUGGGAGGCAAAAUGAUAACAGAGGAAAGUGGGGAGAACUGGAACGACGACUUCCGCGCCGACAUUGUGGGGACCGGAGAUUGGGACCAGGAUCCACGCUUUUUAACCGUGGAGGACAGAAGGUGGCGGUCUGACACCAAGGGGUCCAACAGCAGCCUGGAGCCCAGCGUGUCGUCCUUCACCAACGGCACACACAGCUCCCUCAAUAGCGAGGUGGAGGAGGAGGAGCUGGCCUGUUCCAUGGAGCCCACCGGGCUCCAUAACCCAUACCUGCACUGCAAUGGAUACUUUAACGACGACCAUGGUGCAAUUCCUGAGCAGAACCAUCGACCCACAGACUCUGACAACGAGGAAUUCUGUGACUCAAUGGAGCAUCUGGCCAUGGAGGAGCGGCUGCCUCCGUCCAAAGGCCGGUCCCCCGGGUCAGGAGCUACGUCGGUGAAGACGAGCGACGUUUGGUUUGAGAGCAGCACAACCCUGAAAGAUGCCGAAGAUGAAGGGCCGGCGGGAGAUUUCUACAUGAAAGAAAGAGCGGCUUCAAGAAAGCACAGCAGCUCCUUGUCGAAACGAGGACGAGGUUCGCCCAGAGCCACCUGCAUCCCUCUGCGUUGUGUAAGCGCAGACGCUGCCUGUGGUUGUGCGUUGUGGAGCAGACAUCCUGUCGUUGCUGCGAGGGGAAACACGAACGAGCAAAUAGAAGCUGCUCUGCGGCAGCUGCAGCACAACAUGGCCGACGUGCUGCACAGGCUGCACGCUCUAGAAGAGAUCACCAGGUCACAGUCAAGAUCUCCGUCUCCAAGAGAGGAAGGCUUCUUACCUGUUCCACGAAAGCUCCUGAGGCCAUCUUGGUGGCCUUUCCACCUCUCUCCACUCACUGUGGUGUUGACGGCACUCUGGCCUCUUGUCACCCACUGGCUUGUCCAACUUUAUUUCCAACGUAAAAGAAGUCUUCACUUUUCUGUUCACAGGAAAAUACCGUGAGGGUUCUGACACUCGACAGGAACCAAAAAUGCAAUUUUGUUUCGCCGUGGCUUCACUUAAGCCAACGUUCCAGAUGUGGAGUUAUGAAACUUAAAUCUGAAAGCUGCAGGAAAUUGGUGGUUUCCCCUCAGCAAGGGGAGCCCUGUUAGGUGUUUGAGAAGGUUGAAUUAUAGCCUGAAGCGAUAAAAUAACUGAAAUGAAAUGGUAGUUUAUGAUAAUACAGUGACUGUAGUUCACCGGUAUUGGGGGUUUUCAAAAUUCUCAUUAUUAUUUGGUGGAUCAUGUUUGUGCAGUUUAGUUAAUUUAAAUGUCUUGGGAAGAUAUAUUUAUAAAUAAUAAAUCAGUGUUUAAUGUGUGUAUUUUUAUUUUUUACAUUUAAGAUUGGCUGAGGGUGUUUCUCUUAAUAUCUGAUAUACAUUUCACGUAGCAAGAAGAAAUUUGUCACUGCAGUGCACUAAUAAAUAAUGAUUCCUCCUUCUACAUGAAGAGGUAGCUUUUGUUUUUGUAAUUUAGAAAAAAAAAUUGUGUGAGGGAAAAAAAAAAGAAAAAUAUGUGCUUUUAAAAAUAAAAGAAAAACAAGAAUAGCAACAAAGAAACUGCUACAGAAGUCUUGAACAAGUGUGGUUUCAGGUGUCUGUUUAUGUCAUAAUUCUUCCUACAUUUGCAAUACAUACUAAAGACAAUCUAUAUUAGCCUUAGCUAAUCAUUCAUCUAGUCAUUUUUACAGUAUAAAUUAAGAUAAUGUACACUUUAGAUGAUCUUACAGCAAUACUAGUUGUAAUAUGAGACUGUAUAAAACUUAAAAAAUAAAAUAAAACAUUUUUUGUACCUAAAACUGACUGUUUUUAGGCCAGUAUUUAAAGUUUUGAUUAGUCUGUGGUUGUUGAAACAUUCCAUGCACUAAGUAUUGAUUCCCUCAGGAUAUUUUAUAUACUGGCAUGUUUGUGAGCAUUGAUGCUCGUGAAUCUAUAGAAGCUACUGUCGGCUCAUUUAGCCUAUGAACCAUCCUGGUUGUAUGUAUGGGGUGAGAGAAAUUUAAUCCCCAAAAAGGCAAAAAUAGGGACUGUGUGUUCAAUUAUCUAUUUUUGUUUGGGUUAGAAAAAUCAGGGUGUUAAGUGAAACCCAGCUAGGUAAGAAACACACACACACACAAAACAAAUGUGAAGUUAAAAAAAAUAUACUGUAUUUAUCCUCAAGGAAAUAAAAUGUUGUAGAUCUUAA